AUGAAGAGAUCUGCUCAGUGUGCCGAGAUGUCGUCAAAGAGGAGGGCGCUUCAGCCGGUUUCCAAUAACCAAUUAACCACUCCUCCUACCACUCCAGAUAAGAGCAGGGUAGUCGACAUUGGAGUGUCUUUGACUAAGGAGGGAAGAAAGAGGCUCAAUUUUCUGGAGUCAGUCUACUCGAAAGCGAAGGCUGUGUUCCAGCGAGGUGCCAGCAACGACAGCCAAGACUUUCUUGUUGGAAGAGAGAAAGAAGCUCAUCAGUUUAGUGAGUUUCUCAGAGAGAGCAUACUGGAGAAAAAGUGUAACAGCUUGUACAUAUCUGGUCCUCCAGGAACGGGCAAAACUGCUCAGGUCAAUCUCUCGCUAGAUAAGUUGACGACACUGGCCAAGCACGUCUAUGACCUCUAUUCCAGAAAGGUUCAGGUGAUGAGAAUCAAUUGCAUGACUGUUGGCAAGCCUGAUAGCGUGUUUCAUGAGAUAUACUGCCAUGUAACGGGUCAAAAUCAUGGCAGAAAGAAGUCGUUCGAUGAUCUAUAUGCCUACUUGACCAGCAACCAAAAUGUGGAUUCAUUGGUGGUGGUACUUGACGAGAUGGACUACCUCAUCACGAAGGACCAGCAAGUCUUGUUUCAACUCUUCCAAUGCGCUUCAACGCUCAAGAGCCUGGUGUUCUCGACGAAGUUGGUGCUCAUUGGUAUCUCCAACGCCUUGGACCUCACAGACAAGUUUCUUCCAAGACUCAGGUCCAACGGCUACACUCCCGAAGCAUUGCAAUUCUUACCUUACACGGGUGAGCAGGUAAAGGAUGUCAUCACAGAAAAGCUCAAAUCAUUGAUCGACAAGGAGAACGCUGGAUCUGCUCAAGUGCCAAUGAUGCACCCAGUGGCUAUCCAGCUUUGCUGCAAAAAAUGUGCUGCAGUGACAGGAGAUCUCAGAAAAGCCUUUGAUAUUUGUUACAAGAGUAUAGAGAUGGUGGAGAGGCAAACUAAAGAAAAGAUGCCCUUGGAUGGGUUGACAUUUGAAACUGCUCCAAAGGUACUUAUUGGUCAUGUUGCUCAGGUGUGCUCGGCCACAUUUGGCGACACAUCUCUUUCGAAGAUUAAAGCUCUCAACCUCCUUCAAAAGGCAGUCGUUUGUUGCCUUUUCAAAAUUGAUAGAGAUGCUUCUCUGGCACUCACAGUCAAUCGACUCUUCGAUUUCUACACGAAGCAUACGGCACAGGUGGCCGAAAAUAUGUUAGGCACAUUGAAGAAAGGCGAGUUCUUGGAGAUCAUUUCUGCUUUGGAAUCAAGCUCAGUGAUUCUCCUCGCUUCAGCCUCAAAAUCAUGCACAGGUUUAAUCGAUGUCGGCAGCAAGAGCAUCCGCCCCAACGUUCUGCUUGAAGACUUCAGUAAAGCCAUUCAGGAUGUGGGUCUCCUUAGAAGACUCUUCCAUUAA